AUGAGCGCCUCAGGACCCGCCGUUGGUAUCGACCUGGGUACCACGUAUUCAUGUGUCGGUAUCUUCCGCGAGGAUCGAUGCGACAUCAUCGCCAAUGACCAGGGUAACCGAACUACUCCUUCGUUCGUUGCCUUCACUGACACCGAGCGUCUGAUCGGUGAUGCCGCCAAGAAUCAGGUCGCCAUGAACCCUCACAACACUGUCUUCGACGCCAAGCGAUUGAUUGGCCGCAAGUUCAACGACGCCGAGGUUCAGGCUGACAUGAAGCACUUCCCCUUCAAGAUCAUCAGCGACAAGGGCGGCAAGCCCCUUGUCGAGGUCGAGUUCAAGGGCGAGACCAAGACCUUUACCCCCGAGGAAAUCUCUUCCAUGAUUCUCACCAAGAUGCGUGAGACUGCCGAGAGCUACCUCGGCACUACCAUCACAAACGCUGUCGUCACUGUCCCUGCCUACUUCAAUGACUCUCAGCGUCAGGCUACCAAAGACGCCGGUCUCAUUGCCGGUCUCAACGUGCUCCGUAUUAUCAACGAGCCUACUGCUGCCGCCAUUGCCUAUGGUCUCGACAAGAAGGUCGAGGGUGAGCGCAACGUCUUGAUUUUCGACCUGGGCGGUGGUACCUUUGAUGUGUCUCUCCUGACCAUCGAGGAGGGUAUCUUUGAGGUCAAGUCUACCGCUGGUGACACUCACUUGGGUGGUGAGGACUUUGACAACCGUCUGGUCAACCACUUUGUCAACGAAUUCAAGCGCAAGCACAAGAAAGACUUGUCCACCAACAGCCGUGCUCUCCGUCGUCUCCGAACCGCUUGUGAGCGUGCCAAGCGUACCCUUUCUUCCUCCGCCCAAACCUCCAUUGAGAUUGAUUCUCUCUUCGAGGGCAUCGACUUCUACACCUCCAUCACCCGAGCCCGUUUCGAAGAGCUUUGCCAGGACCUCUUCCGCUCCACCAUCCAGCCUGUUGACCGCGUUCUUGCUGAUGCCAAGAUUGACAAGAGCCAGGUCCACGAGAUCGUUCUCGUUGGCGGAUCCACCCGUAUUCCCCGUAUCCAGAAGCUCAUCACCGACUACUUCAAUGGAAAGGAGCCCAACAAGUCCAUCAACCCUGACGAGGCGGUUGCUUACGGUGCCGCUGUUCAGGCUGCUAUCCUGUCUGGUGAUACCAGCUCCAAGUCCACCAACGAGAUCUUGCUCCUCGACGUUGCCCCGCUCUCGCUGGGUAUCGAGACUGCAGGCGGUAUGAUGACGAAGCUCAUCCCUCGCAACACCACCAUUCCUACCAAGAAGUCCGAGGUCUUCUCCACCUUCUCCGACAACCAGCCCGGUGUGCUCAUCCAGGUCUACGAGGGUGAGCGCCAGCGCACCAAGGACAACAACCUGAUGGGCAAGUUUGAGCUUACCGGAAUUCCUCCUGCUCCUCGGGGUGUUCCCCAGAUCGAGGUUACAUUUGAUCUCGAUGCCAACGGUAUCAUGAAUGUUUCCGCUGUUGAGAAGGGCACCGGCAAGUCCAACAAGAUUAUCAUCACCAACGACAAGGGACGUCUGUCCAAGGAGGAGAUUGAGCGCAUGCUUUCUGAUGCCGAGAAGUACAAGGAGGAAGAUGAGGCUGAAGGCCGCCGCGUUGCUGCCAAGAAUGGUCUCGAGUCUUAUGCCUACUCACUCCGCAACACUCUCAGCGAUUCCAAGGUUGACGAGAAGAUUGGCGCCGAGGACAAGGAGAAGCUGACCAAGGAGAUUGAUCGUAUCGUUGCCUGGCUCGACGAUAGCCAGCAGGCCACCCGUGAGGAGUAUGAGGAGCAUCAGAAAGAGCUCGAGGCCGUUGCCAAUCCCAUCAUGAUGAAGUUCUACCAGGGUGAGGGCGGUGCUCCUGGCGGCAUGCCCGGCGGUAUGCCCGGUGGUCCCGGCGGCUUCCCAGGCGCUGGCGGUGCCCACGGCGGCGCUGGCGGCGAUGACGGUCCCACUGUCGAGGAGGUCGACUAA